ACGAAUUGCUGUGGGGUACCUCAUUUCCGGAAGGACAAUUUGGAGCUAAAUAAAAGGUCUCCCCAUCCCUUUGCUCCUCACUCAACUGCACCACUCAGUUAGCACGGUCCUCGCUCCUUCCAGCCUUGACCACUCAACAAACAACAUGCACUGUUGCAGAUGCGGAUGCUGCUCCGUUGUGAAGAGCAAGGCUGUGUGCUGCUGCCAGCCAUGCCAGAAGACCGUCUGUUGCAGCCCAUGUCAGCAGUCCUGCUGCUGCGACCCAUGCCAGAAGACCGUCUGCUGUGACCCAUGCCAGAAGACCGUCUGCUGUGACCCAUGCCAGAAGACCGUCUGCUGCCAGCCAUGCCAGAAGACCGUCUGUUGCAGCCCAUGCCAGCAGUCCUGCUGCUGUGACCCAUGCCAGAAGCCCUGUUGUGACCCAUGCCAGAAGACUGUCUGCUGUGACCCAUGCCAGCAGUCUGUGUGCUGUGACCCAUGCCAAAAGACUGUCUGCUGUGACCCAUGCCAGAAGCCCUGUUGUGACCCAUGCCAGCAGUCUACCUGCUGUGACCCAUGCCAACAGUCUGUGUGCUGUGACCCAUGCCAGAAGACAGUCUGCUGUGACCCAUGCCAAAAGACAGUCUGCUGUGACCCAUGCCAGAAGCCCUGUUGUGACCCAUGCCAGCAGUCUGUCUGCUGUGACCCAUGCCAGAAGCCUUGCUGUGACCCAUGCCAGCAGUCUGUCUGCUGUGACCCAUGCCAGAAGCCCUGUUGUGACCCAUGCCAACAGUCUGUCUGCUGUGACCCAUGUCAGAAGCCCUGCUGUGAUCCAUGCCAGAAGCCCUGCUGUGACCCAUGCCAACAGUCUGUCUGCUGUGAUCCAUGCCAGAAGCCCUGUUGUGACCCAUGCCAACAGUCUGUCUGCUGUGACCCAUGCCAACAGUCUGUCUGCUGUGAUCCAUGCCAGAAGCCCUGUUGUGACCCAUGCCAACAGUCUGUCUGCUGUGACCCAUGCCAGAAGCCCUGUUGUGACCCAUGCCAGCAGUCUACUUGCUGUGACCCAUGCCAGCAGUCUACCUGCUGUGACCCAUGCCAGCAGUCUACCUGCUGUGACCCAUGCCAACAGUCUACCUGCUGUGACCCAUGCCAGCAGUCUGUCUGCUGUGACCCAUGCCAGCAGUCUACCUGCUGUGAUCCAUGCCAGCAGUCCGUCUGUGAAACCAAGGUGUGCCAGAAGACCUGCUGUUGCUGUGGCCAGGUACCCUGCUGCUGUACCUGCCGCCCUUGCUGCCCUCCUGCAUGUCUGUCUUGCUGCUCCUACACCGUGAAGAAGCCCAUUGUGCUGCGUUGCAGCCCUGUGCCAUGCUGCUCUCCCAUGAGGAAGUAUGGCAUUCCCAUCCAGCAGUGCUGUACCUCAAUCAAGAGGCUUUGCUGAGCCAGCUCUGGGUAGUAAAAGCAGCUCUGCCGGCUCCCAUCUCUGGUACACAACAAGAACAGGCACAGGGAGAUGAAAACCUGCUCAUUUGCUCCUGGUUCGCAUGAUGAUGGAGUAAACACCUUGUGAUUUUCUUCUUGUUUUCAAACUUGAGCUGUCUUCUUCCUGCCUUUUCAUUAUUGAACAUCUGCAGUGCACUUGAAUAUGUCACCCAUCAUGUAAGGCAAAAGAGCUGUUAGAUAUUAGUGGGGCUGUUAAUUCUCUUCUUGGUGUAUGGGACUUGGGCUCUCUUUGCUGUUUAUGUUAUCGUUCUUCAUUCCCUCUCUUCAUUUGUAGACAAUAAAAGUUAGUAUUGAGCAAAACACAAAA